AGUAGGAGGAGCAGAAUGCAACACAAUUUUACUUCUAAUCAGUUCGCUCGGUGAGUUCCCGCGGGAUAGCGAACAAACCAGCGGUUAAACAAUGUUACCCAAGUGUUUGCUUCUUGUGUGCUUUUUAGCAACACUCAAUGGACGAUCGGUCGAAUCGAAACCACUUCAAUUCGUGUGCUCCACACAAUCGUCACCGGCCGUAGGAUGUUUACUGGCUGGCAUCAAUAUACGUCCAGAGGACAUCAUUACGAGUCCACCGAACAUACCGCCGGCAAAUGAUCGGAAAGUAACCUUCCAACAGUCCACCCUUGCAAAUCUACCGCCGACUUUGUUCGAACAAUUUCCCCACCUGGAGCAGCUGAACGUGUCCGGCGUGGCGCUCGGUUCCAUCCCGGCGGGUUGUUUCGAUAAGGCCACAAAGCUAACUCGACUGAAUCUGGCGUACAAUCGUUUGCAAGCGCUCCCACCGAAGGCAUUCCACAAACAGACCGGCCUCGAGCAGCUCGAGCUCCAGAACAACACACUACCAAUGUUCGAUGGAUCGGUCCUGCCGGAAAAUGCUCCCCUGAGGUCGUUGAACCUAUCCAGCAACGGGCUAACCGAGAUUCGCUGGGAACCGUUGAACAAACUUCGCACACUGGAAAUGCUCGACGUCAGCAACAAUCGGUUGGGAACGAUUUUCGUGACCAAAUCGUUGCGUGUACUAAAGGCGGGCAACAAUCGGGCCAGCACACUUCAGACCGAUGCGAACAAUUUCAUCUUCGUGCUGGAACAGCUCGAUCUGAGCAGGAACGAAUACCGGGAGCUAUCCGGUGUGGCACGGUUCGCCAAGCUAACCCAUCUCGAUGCAUCCCACAAUCGAUUGGAAACGUUCGAUUUUUCCCUCGUCCGAAAUAUGCGCUCCCUGGUGGCACUGAAGCUGGCGUACAAUCGGCUGUUUACCGUCAGCACUACCGGGUCACCACCGACCGCAGCCGGUACGCUCGAGGUGGUAGACUUGUCGAACAACUUCCUAACCACAAUGCCGUCCCACAACGCGAGCGGUGUUUCAUCUACCCGGCAGCUACACCUGGAAGGAAACGGACUGGUAAACAUGGAGGUGCACGAAAAUGCACUGUACUGGCCACGGUUAAAAUCGAUCACGCUCGGCGAUAAUGAUUGGCACUGUGAGUUUGCGGAACGGAUUUCUACCAUCCUCACGAGACGAUCGAUUGCGGUCGGUGGUGAUGGUGAAAAGUGUGCCCGGCCCGGUCACACCAAGAAGGGGCGGUUGUGCUGUGCUGAGCUUAAAAAUCCCUACCUAGACCGGUUGAUAAGAACGAGGAAGGAGUUGGAGAUGGGUAAACUGGCCCUAAAGGAACUCCCGCCGAUGGUUGGUGGAGUGGAAAGUGUUCCGGUGGGAAUUGCCGGUGACGUACCGAAGUUGACCGAUCAGCUGCGUAAAUCGCUGACGGUUGUUAGUCAUUUGCGAACGGUUAACACGCAACUCGAGGCUAGCAAUCUGGCACUGACGAAAGCUUUGGAGGAAGAAAGAGCGAAAAAUAAAAUGCUGCAGGAAUCGGCCGGACGUCAACAGGCCGGAGGUGGUGGUACUUCGGUGGAUGCUGCGAAGGAAAAGACAGAUCUCCAGGCGGCACUGGCUAGGUCCCAGGGCGAGGUGAACAAUCUGAGAGCCCAACUGACAAGGUGCACCUCGACAGUGAACACACGCACCGGCCAGACGGUCAUUAUUCAAUAAAUGUGAGACACAGCUGCGAAGUGUUCAUUGGUGCUUGCGAAUGGCGGACUUCAAGGUUACAGUUAUCAGUAAAAAAAUGCAUGCACAGUUCAUACAACUCAGUGUCGAUUUCCUAGCUUUUUAGGUCACAAGCAGAAAAUAAAAAUGAGCCUUAGAGGCUAAUCGUACAAAAAAGAAAAGAUGAUCAUUUAUAAUAUUUAUUUGUUAAGUGAAGAGUUUCCAACAAUUGCAAAUAAGCAAUGAUUUAAAUUUAAUAAUAAUUAUUUAUUUAUUUAUUUAUAAUUAAUAAUUACAUUAUUAAUUAUUACUUCCGCCGUAUUGUCAGCCUCUGAAGCUGAAGCAGUACAUUUUUCACAAGGGAUUUCCUCCUUGUAUUUUACCUUAUCCCGGGCAUACUCGGUUGAUUUAAUAAUUAUUAAGUGAAUUUUAAAUAAUUUUGUGUGCAUUGAAUUUGACUGUUUGUUGUAUUUUUAAUCAAAUCUACAAUUGUUGUACAAGUGUAAACUGCAGCAAUUAAAGAAUUAUUCUUCGACUAUCGUGUUUGGAAAAUACUUUUUAACGGCUUACAAACGAAGCAUGUGUUCUACUUCAGUGCUCCCCAACCGUUCUAGCGUCACGAAUCAAAUAAAAAAUUUUAACAUAUGCUUAUCGUGCAUAUGCUUUUAACAUUUAAACUAGUUACAAAUUUAUUGAAAGUCUUUAAUAGGCAAAUUGAAAAA